AUGGUGGACUCAAGCGUUCCAAACGGUACUCCAGAAUCACGUCGCAGAUCAGGAAGAAUAGUGCGCAAACCAGAUCUUUUCUCCCAAGAGAACCAUGAGGGUAGCGUUCUCACAAACGGCUCGACCAAGCGGAAAAGAGUGACCAAUGCAACCACUGCGGAUGAUGAUGAAGAUGACGAGGAACCAGACGAGGAGGAAUUGAGGGCCGAGCGCAGAGCACCAAGAGCGAGAGCAACGGCUGCAAAACCUGCUACCAAAAGAACAAAGACGGCUAGUGGGCCCAAUACCACGCUGGCGAUUCGAUCAGCCAAAUCCCAAAGUAAAUCCGGGACGAAAGGCUCAAAGACACAAAAGGCGCGUGUUCGACCAGGUCAGAUGCAUGAACAAGGACUCUAUGCCGAAGUAUUUGGGAGAGGACGCACACCUGAGGACUCUGCUUCUCUCUGGUUCCGGUCAAUGCAGAGGGAUAGUGUUGCCGCCAUUCGAGAUUUGAUCAAUUUUGUCCUGCAAUGCAUCGGGUGCGAUUCUAAAAUCGAGUCUCAAGAUAUCGAAGACAUAGACGCUGCCCCCGACAGGCUCAGAGAUGUCCUUGAAGAAUACGAACAGCAGAAACCGCCUGAUUAUCCUCUCAUUUCCAAGCAGAAGCAAUACUCCGGAUUUCAAUCAGUGUUGGAGGAAUUCUUCGGGGCCAUCAUCAAAACAUUGCAUGCUUCUUCCGUCUUCUAUGACCAGCCUGAGGUCUACGACAACAUUUAUGUCUGGAUCGCAACAAUGUCAGGUGCUAGUUACAAGUCAUUCAGGCAUACGGCGACGAUUGUCUCUCUAUCAAUGAGCACUGCUUUGUGUGAGCUUGCUAGAGAAUUGCAAGAGACCAUGGCGACGCUCAAAUCUCAGAUUGAUGCAGAAAAGAAGAAAAGGAGUGUCAACAAAGGUCGCGUCGGGACCAUCGAGGAAAAUCUGAAAGUAGCCGAGAAAAAGCUCGAAGCUAUUGAUGUCCAACUAAAGGACGCAUUCGACACGGUCUACGUCCAUCGAUAUCGAGAUGUCGAGGAACGAAUCCGUGCCCUAUGUGUUGCUGCACUAGGCAAUUGGAUCGUGCUUUACCGAAAAAUGUUCUUGGAAGGCCAGUUCCUGCGGUAUCUGGGAUGGGUUCUCAGUGAUACAAGCCCUUCUACGAGACUCGAGGAUAUCACACAAUUGAAGAACUUAUUCGCGAAUAAGAAGAAUAUUGCCGCUCUGAGAGCCUUCACCGACCGAUUUCGGCAGAGAUUAGUAGAAAUGGGAGCAAGAGACGCAGAUCUCAAGGUCAGAGCCGAGACCAUUGAGCUGCUGGACCAACUGCGAGAAGCUGAAUUAUUGGAGCCUGAGGACAUUGAUAUCAUCGGGCGAUUGAUCUUUGAUAGUGAACCUCGUGUCAGGACAGCGGUUGCUAAAUUCUUUGUCUCCAACAUUGAAGAUCUCUACGGAGCAACUGUCGAGGAUUUCGACCAAGCGCAGCUUGUUAGCGCCCUGCCCGACCCAGACGACGUUGAAGAUUUUAUGGUUCCCACUCGGUCCUGGAUCAAAUUCAAGUGUCUAGGUUCGAUCCUUGCCGGCUUCGACAAAGAUGAAGAGUCGUUGGACGGAGCGACUGCUCAGUCCCUACCUCUGGACCUUACCACCGAAUCUCGCUACACGCUCGCCACGCAAUCAAUCUUCCCUCAUAUGGAUGAACUUCACCAAUGGGAGUCUCUUGCCGGUUUUCUCCUCUAUGACCAUUCUUCGAUUCCCACGCAAAGCGAUGAAGACGAUAUCAGCUUCCAAGUUCGACAGGCUUACAAGUUGAGUGCAGAUGAAGAUAUUAUUUUGUUGGACGUCCUUCAGUCCUCAAUCAAGCAAUACUUGCAAUCGAUAAUUGAAUCUCCUACAGGUCGUAGGACCAAUGCAGCCAAAGACCGUAUUCGCGAAAAGCAAGAAUCUGCCGCCCAGAAUCUCACGGUCAUUAUUCCUCAACUCCUCGGCAAGUUCGGCAGCACGCCUCAAGCCACUUCGUCUAUUCUUCGCAUUGAACAGCUAUUAGAUAUUGGGUUAAUAAAUGAACUUCAGAGCGGCGAAGCCACCUACUCUGCCAUUCUGGAUGACAUCAGCAAACAAUUUACAUCUCAUUCAGACAAAAAAGUCCUUGCGGCAGCAAGCGCGGCGUUUAGAAAUGCGAGAAGCUACGAACAGAGCAAGGAGGCAGCUGAUUCCAAGGUUCAGGAGAUCUGGACUGAUUGUGUUACCGCCCUUGCAAACCUCGUUCGAGGCAAGAAUGUCGAAAGAAGAGGAACGCUUGACAAACCUAUACUUGGAGAGCUUGUGAACACCACGAUGCGGCUUGCAGAGCUCGCAGGGGUACAUGACUGCACAGAGGUCAUCGAAGGAAAACUGGACUCCGGGGCUUCAAGGAAACAGAAAGGCAGAUCAAGCAACCAACAAACACUCCUAGGUCUCUUAUUGCAGCUGUUAAAGCGAGGUGAACCAGAUGAGGACACGACAGAAGCCUUCGCCGAACUGGAAGAUCAGUUAUGUACCGCCCUUAUCGAACUUUUCUCACGUUAUUUCCGAUGGAAGGUCUUUGGCUUGAAACAAGCCAUCUCUGCCAACGAUACAGCCCAGUUGACAACAACGUCUCUGACCAAUUUCGCAAUGACACGGUCAACUUUUGUUGAAAAUCUUGCACCAGUCAUUCAGCUUCGCAUCCCCCUCGACCCGGUUCGCUACAAUGCCAUACUCAAUGUGCUGGAGCUCUUUGCACUUUUUACCACGAUUCGGAACAUGCGCCCAGACAAGAGCGAAUUAGACGAAGAUAUCGAGCAGAAUCUAGCUAGUCUCAUCACAACCAUGCCCGACGACACUGUUAAGGAAGUUAUGACGACAUAUGAAAAAUUGGAGAAGUCAUUCGCCAAGAUAACACGCCGCAAGAUCCAGAAGAGUGACAAGAACAAAACGAAAGACUCGGCGCGUGAAGAGGCAGAGGAAGAUAUCGAGAAACCCCCCCAAGAUUCUGAAGACGAAGCCGGAGAUUCAGACGCUGACGACGAAGGUGAUGAUGAUGGUGACAUUGCGGAAGCCACAGGAGGGCGCCGUGCAAAAAAACAAGCUGCUCUUCUCGCGGAGCAGAAUCUUUGUGAGCUGACCAGCAAAAUCAUUUUUGCGAUCGUUGGAGGUGCUAUCAAGGACGACAAAGUCAAGCAACGACUCAUGUUGAAUCGGACCAAACUGGGCAAGAACUAUUCAACACUCAUUGCCUAUUUGGACGAGAAGAAGGAGAAGAAGCCGAAAAGCAAGGCGAAGACUGCGACGGCAAGAGACGAUGAGAAGGGUAGGAAAGCCAAAGCCGCAGUGGCAAAGAAAAUGGUUUCGGCAGGAAUCGUGCUCGAGGACGAUGAUAUUGAGGAUGACGAAGAUCAUGACGAGGAAGAGGUGCAGAGACAACACGACCUGGAGGAUGAUAUUCUGGAAGAUGACGCGGAUCAGGAUGACAAUGCGCUUGAAGCGCACGACGAGGCCGACGAUGACAUUAUGGGUGAUUAG